AUGUCCCACCAAAGUCCUUUACUUGAUGUUCCUUGUUCGAUAAACGACAGUAUUCAAUCUUGCGAUUCACCCUCUGGCUCAUCGACGAGCGAACCUCAUGACGACUCAAUGCAACAAACAUUCAUUGACCAAUCCUUUUUCUACAAGCUCGAUCAGCUUUCUCCUGAUAAUCCCUUGUAUUUUAUGCAACAGCAACAACAACAGCAACAACAGCAACCGUCAUCGGUAGAUGAGGACGAAAGUAUGGCCGAGUCGACCAUUGCUAACGAUACGGCUUCUUCAACAAGACGAGUAUCCUCUUCCGAUACAACUACUACUACCACUACACCACACCAGCAACACUACCAGCAACAGCAACAGCAACAGCAACAACCUCAGCAGGCAUUAUCACCAUCCGCUGCGAGCUAUCAUACACCACCAGCAAUGAGUCCAGGUGCUUCUAGUAGUGUAGGAGCCAUGAGUGUUGUCGAGCCAUUGCAACCAUCCUCUUCCACCGCCACUGCACCUGAACACAACCAGACAUUUUGGUCGGGUGUCAACAGUUUCUUGUCCAAUGUAACCCAAAAUCCGUUUCCUCAGGCUAUCCCCAAUCUGGCGCGUAAUUUUACAGAGUAUUUAUCAUCAAGUUACCCUUCCUUCAAUUCGAAUUCACCACAACAAGCAGCCGUAGCAGCAGCAGCAGCAGCCGCGGCAGCCGCAUCCAGUGCAAUGCCUACGCCACCCAUGUUAUCACCUGGCAAUUCUUUCAAGACUGAUAAUCUCAUGGCAGCAGCAUCAGCAGCAGCAGGCAAUAACAAGUGCCCUGGAAUGCAAAUCCGUGUGCUGGGUGUUCCACAAACAGGUGCAAAAUCGCGCGUAGAGACACAAAUCAAGCUUUGCAUUCAAUUGGUCACCGAUGAUGGCGACAAGGCACAAUGGUGGUCUCAUAUCAAAUUGCCUGAACAUAUGGUUGCCAAGGACAAAUUGAAGCGACAAGUUACCAUGACCACAUCACCCAAUGGGCAACCCCGUGUAGCAAGCAUCACCGACAACAACAACAACCCCAUUCGUCCCGAUAAGAUGUUGUUCCUAAGUGCUCGUGUCAUUUGUGCCAGUGAUCCAAAACGUAAAGUCGUCACUUGUCUUGGAUGUAUUCAACGCGAGCGAAAACGAUCACAACGUCGUAAAGAGAAUCGAAUCAAGGCAGAGAAUGAUCAACAAGAUGAAAAGCGCAGCGUUGCCAUGGACGACGAGAAAUCCUUGGCACUCGAGGAACAAAAAGUGUUGCUAUUCAAUUGUUCCGAGGUGGUUGAUUUCAGCUCUGGAGAUACCAUUCUACCUACUCGCAUCACUUGCUAUUGUCGCCAUCAUAAUGAAAAGAUUGGUUUCUGCAUAUACUUUGAGAUGCAUGAUCAUACAGGCAAACAAGUUGCUACUGGCAUGUCACCACCCAUCAUGAUUACGGAUGAUCAUAAAUCGAACAAGGUCAAAGCAGCUCGUAAACGUCCACGCACCGAUUCCGAUGCACCAUCACAGGCACCUACGACCUCCUUUGCUCCAUCCUUUACAACACCUCAACAACAUCAAUCGAUGCAAUACAACUUUAAUGCACCCCCAGGAGCAGCAGCACCGCCACCACCACCACCGAUGACGAGUACACCACCUCCUUUAUCGAUACAACCACGUCCUGAGACCAUGUCAAAAGCACAAUUGGAUGCAUUAUCACAAAUGACCACACACAUGCAACAACAACAGCAGCAACAACCAUUGAAUGCAGCCUUGUUGUCAACGCUUGAUCCAAAGAUUGAAAAGUCAACAACACCUGUUAUGCAAUCCCCACAGCAACAACAACAACAAUCCAUGGAACGACCCCAACUUCAACGUUUGAUUCCGAAUGAGGGUCCAACCUUUGGUGGUAUCGAAGUUACCAUUCUUGGCAGUAAUUUCCGACCUGGAUUAACAGUUCUCUUUGGUGAUGUACCUGCUGCCAGCACGCAUUUUUGGUCACCCAAUACAUUGGUAUGCAUUUUACCUGCAGUGACUGAACCUGGACCUGUGGUGGUGUGUUUCAAGGAAUAUCCUGUCAUGAUGGAUAGUCAAGAAGUGAUGCUAUUCACUUACUAUAACGAGAACGAUCGUGCCUUGAUGGAAUUAGCCUUGCAAGUGGUUGGUCUUAAAAUGACUGGCAAGGUGGAAGAUGCACGUGAGAUUGCUAUGCGUAUUGUACAAGGUGGCAACAAAUCCAAUGGCUCAUCCUCCUCAACCGGUGCAGGUGGCGAUCAAAAUCAACAACAACAACAGCAACCUCAACAACAACAAUUGGAACGUCAAAUCAUCCAAGUGCUCGAAGUGAUGGAUACCAUGGCCGAUGUUUACUCUGAGGAUGUUUCCAUGACCAAUGCUCAGGGCCAUACCAUGUUACAUUUGGCAGCCAUGCUAGGUUUUAAAAAGUUGACGCAUGCCUUGAUCGACUUGGGUUGUGAUGUUGACAUGACCGAUCGUAAUGGCUCUACACCCUUACAUUACGCAGCCUGGUUUGGACACGAGGAUGUGGUGCGUACGUUGUUGGAAGAAGGCCAUGCCGACCCCGAGAUUGCAAACUUGCUUGAUAAGCGCCCAAUGCAUCUUGCACGCGAUGGAUCCAUUCGCACCUUGUUGCAUAAUCAUUUGCCAUUAAGUGAAGCAUCCGGCGAUUCAUCCCAUGGUAUGCUUUCGGAUGCCAUGAGUGCUGAUGUGGAUACGUCGUUUGAUGAAGAAGAGGAAGAUGACGAUUCCGAUGAUGGAUGGAUUGGUGAAGAAGAAGAGGAUGAUGAUAUCAUUGAAUCACCCGUUUAUUACUCGGAUUCAUCAUUAACAACGGAAGAGAAUGACGUGACCCUUUCUUAUGGUAUGCGACAUCGAAAGAAUCGAAUGCAGCAACAUCCUGUGGUCCAGUAUCUCGAACAAGAAGAUGAAUCCAAUGAUGAUGAGGAAGGUGUGAUUCCUGAUGCACAGCCUGUACAUGAAGAUGCGAUGGUACAAGGCUCAUCCGAUGAUGAAAUGAUGGUAUCCAACACGACGACCACACAACAAAAGAAUUGGAUCGAACGCACCUUGUCUCAUUUCCAACCCAAGCAACAACAACAAAAUCAAAAUCAUGAUGCUGAUGAUGAUGAUACCUCGUUCCUGCAACACAUCAAGAACAAUAUUGCUACCAAACCCGGUGAAUUGAAUCUCAAAACAAUCGCCGACCAUUUAUUACAACUGCCACGACCCACAACCAUGAUUGCCAACAUGACUGUAAGGUUUUCAGGUGAGGAUAGUAGUAGGCCACCCAAUACAACGGCACCUGCACCAGAGCAUCAAGAACCAGAACAAACCUUGGCAUGGUAUAUGGCACUGGCGUAUGCAAUGGGUGCACGAAGUAGUUCACAAGAACAAGAGCAAUCUUCUAUGCGGCCGAGCCGUAAACAGCAUCAUCUUUCUCCUUUUGCCGAACCCUCUUCCUCUUCCGCCCCCUCGUCUUCUUCAUCUUCCAUCACGCAUCCUCCUCCUCCUUCUUCUUCAUCAUCACCCUCAUCAUCUUCUUCAUCCGCUGUCUAUGACAACUAUUACUCAAGUACAAGCCUACAAGCCGCAGUACGUGAUCCCAAACGGAGGGACAAGCGUCUUUUUGUCUUUUGGGUUCCCCUCUUUUGGCUGAUGGUGACCUAUCUCGCAUACCAAUUUUCGUUGUUUACAUACUUGAAGUCAUUUGCACUCGAUAUCUAUUAUCGUUGA